AUGGCAGCAGAUGAAGGUGCUGAUGGGGGAAUGAAUGAUGCUGCACAAGUCAAGUUAAGGGAGUAUAAGUCGUGGACGGAACUACAUGAUGCAUUUUUCAUCGAGUGCAUGCUAGACCUGGUUCAGUCAAAGGAAGUGGAGUCUGGGAACUUGAAGAAUGGAGGUUUCAAGAAACUUGAAGCUAUGAUGGUGAAAAAAAUUCCAGGUUUUAACCUGAAUGUAAGAUCAAGACACCGUUGGUUCAAGAAUAAGUACAAUGCCAUAUAUGACGUCCAGAAUGGGAGUUGCAGUGGUUUUGGCUGGGAUGAGUCUAAGAAGAUCAUUGUUGCUGAUGAUGAUGUUUUCAAGGAAUGGGUGAAGAGCCAUUCCCACUUUUCUGGCCUGAACAAGACAAGUUUUGUGUAUUAUGACCAGCUUGCCAGAGUAUUUGGCAAGGAUAGGGCAGUAGGUGGUCAAGCAAGGUCUGCAGCUGAUAUGGAGUUCGAGGCUCCUGUUCGAAGGGGUAGGAGUGAGGAACCCAUCAUGUACGAUGACGAAACAAGUCAACGUGUGCUGGAGGAGAUGAUAAAUGAAGGUAUUAAUCAUAGGGACUUGCUGGAAGAUCCAGAACCUGUUCGUGCAAAGACAACAAAUGCAACCGGAAGCAACAAAAGAUCAAAGAUUGAUAGGAGUUCAAAAAGUAGCAGUGUUGUCAUGGCUUCUGAAAUAGAAAAAAUGCGUCCUCUCAUGGAGAAGGCUACCAUGAACAUUGAGAGGAUGGCGAAUAGCUUCUGCCAUGAAGAUCCUUUGAUGAUAAGGAGAGGAACCUUGUUUGAGGAGCUGUCACAGUUAGAAGGCCUGUCACAAGAUCAAGUGCUAUCAGCUGCCAUGAUUCUUAUGAAGGAGGAUGGGAUCGCCCAAUUGUACUACCAACUGCCUACAGAUGAAGAGAAGGUUCACUUCCUCUAUCGCCUCAUCAACUGA